AUGGAAGGAUGUUCACUACUUGAAUUAUGUUGUUACCAUGGAGCAGUUGAUUGUUUCAAGUUAUUAAGAUCUAAAUUUAACUCAGAAAUAACUAAAGAAUGUAUUGGAUUAUCAUUUUUAGGAGGAAAUUCAGAAAUCAUGAGCGAAUUAUUGAAAUAUCAAACAUCAGAUGAAGAAUGUAUGGAAUAUGCAAUUAUUUCACACUACAUUGAUUUUGUCACAUUCUUGAUGAAUGAAUACAAUAUAGAGAUCGAUUUAAAAUAUUUUCCCAUCAUGUGUCGGAAAUUGAAUUUCAUUCAAUUUCCGACACAUGAUGAAAUACUUGAAAAAUUUUCAAUUUUUAGCCUCUUUUAA